GCUCUUCGGCUGGAGCUGGGAAGGGAGCGCUUCCCCGGACUCCGCUCAGCUCUGAGGCUCGGAAGCCGUCGCCGCCAGCGCAGCCCCGGGGGCGGGAGCAGAACUGCCCGCGCAGCCUGCGCCUAGGAGCCACCGAAUCCAGAAAGCCUCAUGGGACGCCCCUGGGGGCUAUUUCCGCGCCCUGCGACCGCGUCCCCGUCCUAGGCACCCAGGCUCCACCGCCCGCCCGGCGCACAGUCCGCGGCCUGUCUGGAGAGGAGUAUGAGGCCCGGGGCCCCGGGGACGCCGGCCACAGGGCGGCAGGGGCCUAGCAGCGGAGUCCCGCGCCCAGGGGCGGCGGGUAAGGAGCCGCGGGAGCCGGUGAGGCGUCGGGGCGCGGAAAGGAGCGCCCCAGUCCGGGUGCCCGCUGGGCCGCGGAACCCGUGCGUGGCCUGAGCGCCCGGGAGAAGGCGGAGGCGCCCGGCCGUCCGGAAUCUGGGAACGCUGCAAAGGGGCUCCGCGGCGGCCCCCGACUCCUGGCCACCAUCCUCGCGCUUCUGUUCCUGCGGGGGGGAUGUCGCGGCCCGGGCUCCAAGCGCCGCCCCGGCCCCGGGGCUGAGCUCCGGACCAUGUCCUCCCGCAGCCCCCGACCCCCUCCCCGUCGCUGUCGCCGCCGCCUGCCGCGCCCCUCCUGCUGCUGCUGCUGCUGCCGCCGUUCGCACCUCAACGAGGACACCGGUCGCUUCGUGCUGCUGGCGGCGCUCAUCGGCCUAUACCUGGUAGCGGGCGCCACAGUCUUCUCCGCGCUGGAGAGCCCUGGCGAAGCGGAGGCGCGGGCGCGCUGGGGCGCCACGCUGCGCAACUUCAGCGCGGCGCACGGCGUGGCGGAACCAGAGCUGCGCGCCUUCCUCCGGCACUACGAGGCGGCCCUGGCCGCGGGUGUCCGAGCCGACGCGCUGCGCCCGCGCUGGGACUUCCCGGGCGCCUUCUACUUCGUGGGCACCGUGGUGUCGACCAUAGGUUUCGGCAUGACCACCCCUGCAACAGUGGGUGGGAAGGCCUUCCUCAUCGCCUACGGGCUCUUUGGCUGCGCGGGGACCAUCCUUUUCUUCAACCUCUUUCUGGAGCGCAUCAUCUCGCUGCUGGCCUUCAUCAUGCGCACGUGCAGGGAGCGCCAGCUGCGCCGCAGCGGCCUGCUGCCCGCCACCUUCCGCCGCGGCUCGGCGCUCUCGGAGGCCGACAGCCUGGCGGGCUGGAAGCCCUCAGUGUACCACGUGCUGCUCAUCCUGGGCCUGUUCGCCGUGCUGCUGUCGUGCUGCGCCUCGGCCAUGUACACCAGCGUGGAGGGCUGGGACUACGUGGACUCGCUCUACUUCUGCUUCGUCACCUUCAGCACCAUCGGCUUCGGGGACCUGGUGAGCAGCCAGCACGCCGCCUACCGGAACCAGGGGCUCUACCGCCUGGGCAACUUCCUCUUCAUCCUUCUCGGCGUGUGCUGCAUCUACUCCCUCUUCAACGUCAUCUCCAUCCUCAUCAAGCAGGUGCUCAACUGGAUGCUGCGUAAGCUGAGCUGCCGCUGCUGCGCGCACUGCUGCCCGGCGCCCGGCGCGCCCCUGGCCCGGCGCAACGCUAUCACACCCGGCUCGCGGCUGCGUCGCCGCCUGGCCGCGCUCGGCGCAGACCCCGCGGCCCGCGACAGCGAUACCGAGGGCCGUCGCCUGUCGGGCGAGCUUAUCUCCAUGCGCGAUCUCACGGCCUCCAACAAAGUGUCGCUGGCGCUGCUGCAGAAGCAGCUGUCCGAGACGGCCAACGGCUACCCGCGCAGCGUGUGCGUCAACACGCGCCAGAACGGCUUCUCAGGCGGCGUGGGCGCGUUGGGCAUCAUGAACAACCGGCUGGCGGAGACCAGCGCCUCCAGGUAGAACACCCGCCCGCCCGCCAGCGCCGUGGACCCUCCCCAGGCUGCGGGCCGCCGGGCGUGAUUUGCUUCACUUCUCUCAGAGCUGGCGCUUUCUUAAUCUUUAUCCAAUAAAAUGAAACCAAAAAAAUUUAUUUUUUAAAAAAGAAAUACUAUUUGGCCAGGCCUGAUGUUAUCAAGGGCAGGUUUUGGGGGAGCCUGUGUCCCUUGUGAGUCCCCUCUUGGAGAACCGUGGCCCCCAGAGAUUUUUCUCCAGGGAGGAAAAAAAAUGGCACCCCAGACCCCCUCAUCCAGUGCACACUGCAGCAAGGAGAAUGCCAUUCCCGGGGUCUGCAGACCGGCACUAAACCCUUCCCCAUGCACAUAAGCAGCUGGCAACCCCAAAGCAUAUGGUGCAGCUUUUCAUGGCUCCGAAUUACCUCCUCAGCAUUUAGAAUCCUGGCCCAGCCUAGCAGCUUCCUUCUGGUCGUCAGAAGUGAUAUAGUCACAGUUUUGACAGGUGGGGGUGGGGAGAGCCAUAUGUUGCCUCCCCAUGUAUAUAUAUAGAACAGCCACUACACACUGAGAAUGGUGUAGUAUUAUGCAAUGAGAUGAAACAUAGCACAACUUGCAGACUGUGGCAUUUCCCCCAGAUUUGGAAAUUGCAAAUGGUAAGGGGCUUAGUUGGCCUUUCUCAGCCUGGAGUUAGUCCACUUAGCACAGCACACCGGGCAGCUACUUCUAAUGGUGGUGCAGCCAGGGUGGGCUGCAGGAGGGGAGCUCAGGCUGCAGGAACCCUGCUCUGCUUUAACCUGCAGAUCUCCAAGGCACAUCUUAAGUCCCCCAACCCUCCUUUCAUUCACAAGCUUCAUCCACAUAUAGGAAUGCUCUUCAUUAUUAACCAAGAAUAUCUGACUCUUCGCAGACAAGAUUCGUUGUUGUUGUCAUCAUUUUCUUCUUUUUUUAACAACUGUUGACAGUUUGACAUUUUACCAUUAUUAGAGAGCCUGUUGGUGCAGAGCAUGGCCCCCUAGCUGCCCCUCCUCCUCCCAAGUCAGGGCUCUGCCAGCUACGCCCUUGGGAACCCAGGGCCUGUGCCAACAUAAACCCACAGUAGCCAUCCUGCAAAUGUAUUUGGGGGUUCGUAAUGGCAGGGUUCUAUUCAAAAUCCUGAGUGCUCCUCAAUAAUCAAGUCAGUUUUUGUUUUUGUUUUUUUCAUGUACAGUCUUCAUUGAAGGUGGAGGAAGACAGGGGGAAUCCAUGGAUUGGAGUAAUUUUUGGAUUAAAGUUAUGGGGCUGGGGAUACAGCUCAGUUGGUAGAGUGCUUGCCUGUCAAGCACAAGGCCCUGGGUUCAAUCCCCAGCACCGGGAGAAAAAAAAAAAAAAAAAAAAAAAGAAGUUAUGAUCUGGAUGAUCCUCAAGCUGAGGGACAGAUUCUCCCAGAAGAGCCCUCUGUCUACCCAGGCUUCAUUGAAAGGAUGGUGGCUUGGGCUGUAUACUACUUCUGAUGGGAAAUCUUAGAAAAGCACCACCUCACCACCAGCUCCAGAGAUGCUAUGACAUCUCCCUCCCUGGCAAAAGGUACAGACACUUGUACACACAUACCUACACCCAAACAUGCACACGUGCACACUCAUGUAUACACAGCAUUAAGAAUCAUGUUAAUUAUCAAACUCCUUUCUCCUCUUCCAGUUUAUGGUAAAAAGGGAAAAAAAUUAGCUAGGAUCUUAGUGAGUGACUCUCCAGUUACUUUGGGUAAUUUCUAAUUUGGGUUGGGAUUGGUUUUUAAAACACGGUACUUAAUCUGAGCUGAAACCAAUGAGGUAUGGCUGGCCAGGAGAGGAGUGAGUCUUGCUAAAUCCUGAGGGGUAAGCGCCUCCAAGAACCCAGCUUCCAGGAUUCACCAUGAUUGUCUGGUCAGGCCUGUGAGCACCCAUCUGAAUGCUGGCUGCAUUCAUAGAAGGGGACUGCAUGUGCUCAGAGGCACAUGUCUAGCAGGACAUGGAAAUAAAGUGCCAGGUUCAUCUCUUUUAAAGAAAAAACCAUUAAAAGGCAUCCAAUUAGAGAUGUCACCUAGGCAACGGGAAAUAACUUGGAGAUCUGAGCUAUCCAGAGAAGGAAGUAAAGAUCCCCAUGGUAGAGGCAACUGGACAUGAGGACUCAAUCUACAGGCAAAAUAAUUGCCUAUGUAGUGGAAGGCAGCCCAGUCACCAAGUCUCCAACCCAGCGACCAGUGCACAGCCCUGAUGGAAUCCUGCCCCUUCUGGAGGGACCAGGAACUGCCUCCAGAGAAGAGAAAUACAAAACAUUCCUUGGCAAUCUCCUCUGUCAAUAGCGCUUCCUACAGUCUAUCCUAAGUUGCUUAUGUUACAACCUUAGCUGUUUUCACUUCCUUUCCUAUGCUUUGGCUUUGGAGGGAGGCAAUUGGGGGCAGCUGAGCAAAUAUGUAAAGGAGCCAUAAGCCUCACAUCUUCCCAGAGAAACAUUAAUCCUCCAAGGUACAGUAGUAGCUCAGGAUCCAGGGCCACGUGUGCAUUUUCCCUCAAGCCCCCAUCCCUUGACCCCAAUCUCAGUGACAUUGGAUGAUAUAGCACAAUGUCGUCCUUCCCUUCAAAAGGCUCAGGGCUGCUGCCUUGAAAAGCUGGGUCAGAGGACUUGAUAGAGCAUUAGACAUACCCCUAAAGGACGAGCAGUUAAAUAUCCUGCUUGAGGUCCUACACUGAGAAGCAGGGAUGGGAUGGAGUCUUCACAUCAUUUCAGGAACAAUGACGUUGAUAGGGACCCCUUUCCUUCAUGCAGUUUCCAACCUUGGGCUGAGAAGGGCUCUAUUCUGCCAGAUGCCAAGGGCUCUCACGCCCCACAGCUCACUGCAAUCUGCAACUUGCACAGGCUCUGGGAACUGUUCCUAACCUCAGGCUCACACUCACCCAUCUCAGGCUGGACUGUGGGGCUCCGCUCAAGGCAGCAUGACUCCGAGAAGCCCUUGCCAUUCAGCUGUGGCCAUGCAGAAGCCAGGUCUUGGUACUGGGCCCUCUCAGAGUUGAGCAGGCAGGUUAAGAAGCCACCAAGGUGCACCUGUUGCUAAAGGUGAGUGAUCAGAUUCCUUCAUUCUCUGAGUGAAGUCAGAGGCCCAGGCCUGGUGAAGGAGUCCUAAAGGCUCAGGGAGUCUCAGCCCUCAGCCUGUGGAAAAAGUCAGACAGCCCUGGGCAUUCAAACAGCAUCAUGCACACGUGCACCCGCACACACAUCAAUCAGCCUUACAAAGAGCUAUUAGCCCUUCUCUGCAAGGAAAAGUCAGUCUGGGCUGCUUUAAGAAGAAAGAUUGCUCAUGUUUGAUUCCCUAGAGAUCUGCUAGGGCCUGGAAAGCCCUCUCUACCUUGGCGGAGCUUUAUGUACCAUGUGCAUGUGUUUGUUUUACACAGAAGCCAGCAUCCAAAACCAAGCCGCGUCCUGAGCAGCAGUUGACCCGAAGUCUCCAUCCCUCAGGCCGUCCAGCAGAGCCCUCCUCCUGCAGGCUCUGGGGUGAAGGGUGGCUGAGCCCCGCUGGGGAACGGAGGCAGAAGACAGUCCACCGAGGCCGCGGAGGAGCUGUGGGCCAUGCAGUUUCAUCUUACUGUAACCUUUUACACUAAAAAAUAAAAAGCACAAUUCCACAUCAUCGCCUGGAAAGCACAUCCAGACUGCGGCUUAGGGCAGCUGCAGGGCUCUGUUUGCUGCAGCAGUUGAAUAACCCUGGCCUUGGAAACUCAGAAACCUCCUCCUAAGGGGUAGAGGGGCUAACGAAGCCAUUCCUGACUCCCGGCGGGCUGGGCAGUGUGGACUUGGGGUCUGGACUCUUGCCCCUGAAGCAGCUCUGUCACCUUUAGGCACCCCAGGGUGUGACAUCACUCGAUGCCAAGCCAGCCAUGAGAGGUCUGCACUGGCCCCUUUCCUUUCCUCCCAAGGGAAGCUGCCCCUGCUUUACAACUCAUUUUCUAUGCUACUCAGUCUCUCAGGAGGGGGGUGGAGCAUGCAGGGCUUCUUCGACAACACGUUUCUUUUUCUGAGCGGCACUUCAAGAGAGGACUUGAAGGGUGUUUAAAUUAACAAUGAAUAAAAUGCAGCCUGCCACCCCUG